AUGGAAGUCUCGAAACUUUUACCUCGUCAAGACUUACGUCGUUGUUCCGAAAGAUACGGCAAUGUGGCUCCAAUGACCAGGGAAGGACGCGUGUUCUGCAUCUUCUACUGCUGCGUUGGCAUACCGUUGAUGCUGGUGACGAUGGCAGAUUUGGCGAAGUUCAUGUCUUCCGGCCUGCUGUUCGCCUAUGUCCGAUAUCUGAAACUUAAACAAAGGGUCAGACAGGAAAUGACCAAGCGUCUGAGGAAGGCGUCUGGCUCUGAGUUGAACGGUUCUCUUAGAAACUUGAACGAAACCGAGGGUUUGUUGUUCACCAAUUUCGAUCGAGUGUCGUUCGUGCAGCUGCACGCCACCGUCAUUCUGUUCAUCCUUUGCGGCUACAUUUGCUUGGGGGGCGAGGCGUUCCACCGCAUCGAGUUGUGGCAGUACGUCGAGUCGUUGUACUUCACUUUUGUCAGCAUCCUGACGAUUGGCUUCGGUGACAUGCUGCCCUGGAACAAGCAGUACCAUUGGUUCACCGUGUUCUACGUGUUCCUAGGUAAGAUCCAUCAGCUGGGCAAAAGCGUCCAACAGACGAACUACAUCGACCUCAUUCACCGCAUGCAGAAAAUCAAGGAGCGGCGCGAAAAAUUCCACGCUCUAAAGAGCGUCGCUAAGGUGGCCAUGGCCAUCCAGUUCGUCAGCGGCAAAACGGGUACGUUAAAGUAAAU